CGCGCCUGCUUGUGACGUCGUUUUUUGGUGUGUCCUGAUGGUGAAGGUGAGGAUGAAGUGAGAAGGCGGCAGGAUAAGGGAAAGGAAGACCGGGAAAAGGGUGCUGGAAAAGCACAACUCAAAAUGCCGAAAAAUGUACGAAAAUUAAGGGAUGAAGACAUUAAUCCUUGUCUUGAGGAAACAGAUGCCUCCAGGAAGUGUUUAGAAGCAAACAAUUAUAACAAAGAUAUGUGUACCGAGUAUUUUCUGAGGUACAAAACGUGUAGGAAGUUCUGGAACAACAUAAUGAUUCAAAGACGAAGAAAUGGUAUUAGCCCUGACAUGCCAACUGCAAAGGAUAGAAAAGAAAUUCUGGAAGAAUGCACAAAGAGGCCCUACUGAUGUUCUUGAUUUUGAAAAAUGAUCAAUGUGAACAAAUCCACGUGAAUAAUUUGAAUGUGUAAUUUUAAUCUAAAGCUUUAUUAAUUAAUGCAAAUGGUACAUUAGAUAUUUACAAUAAAAGAGCUGAAGGAUUUCUCAA